AUGCUAUUUCCCUACCUCCAAGCCUUCCCUCCGGAGCUCCCCUACCACUUCCACCCCAUGGAGGAGGAGCUCCUCUGCCGCCUUCAGACAAGCUCCGGUCACCUCCCCCCUCUGAACAGUCCCACGGUAACCAUCUCCACUCGAAUUCUACAGCUCCCUCCGUUUUGUUGCAUCUCUAGCCUUCUCUUGUCUCCGGCUUCGCAUCCCACCUGAGGACCGUAUCAUCAUCCCCCCCCCUCUCUCUCUCUCUAUCUAUCUAUCUAUCUAUCUAUCUAUCCAUCUCUCCCACCGCCUCUCUGGAAAAGGAGGUAGCAGAUGUGAAGGAAGGAGCAGGAGGAAUGCGGCGAGCUUACCCUUUCCUCUUCCCCGGGGUAGAGCUCGGUACCUUCGUGCCACUGAAGAGGGGGGGGGGGAGGAGGAGAGAGGAAGGAAGACAUUAAAUGUCCAUACAAUGGCUCAUUUUCACGGGAAUACCCCAUCGCCCGUGCCAAAGCUCCGACGACACCUCCGCCAGUAGUUUAGUGUUCUGCGGUACUAGAUGACGAGAUUCUCUCUUGGUCUCCGUGUACAUAGACGUUGACAGGGGGUGACGAACCGCACAGAGCGAGAGAUAUUUAAUGAGAUGUUUAUCGCCUUCCUGCACAGAGAAACAUGGUGAAGACACCGACCGUCUCCGACUACGACCUGGGCGGGGAGGGGGACCUCUUCAAAGCGCCGGAGCCCAUCGUGGAGGAGCCGGCGAUGGUGCUCGACCCCGUGGCGGCGGCCAUGUGGAUGAUCUCCAACGGCGAUGCCGUCAUCUCCACGAACACUUUCGAGGUCCCGGACGUCGAUCCCAUUCAGAACGAGCAGUUGUUGAUUGACGCCGUCAUCUCCACGAACACCUUCGGUAUCCCGGACGUCGAUCCCAUUCAGAACGAACAGCUGUUGAUCGACGCCUUCUACGAGUCCUCCCAGCCGGAGGGGUUUCCGACGAGGGGGGAGGAGGAGAAACCAGAUGAAGGAAUCAAGAAGAGCGUCAGCUCCGGGAGCUUGGAGUCCUCGACACGGGUCAGCGAAGCAUCGGCCGGACCAAAUCUCUGCGCCGCCAAGGGAAUUAUUUCCGGAGAUGUUCUUGUGAUGCGGAGGGCGUGCAGUGAAGGAGAUCUUCAGGUAAGAACUGUAAGAUUAUUACUCCUCUCUCUCUCUCUCUCUCUCUCUCUCUCUCUCUCUCUCUCUCUCUCGCUCGCUCUCGCUCUCUCAAAUCAACCGUAG